AUGUAUCGAGCACAUGUUGAACCGCCACAACUCGAGGGCAUGCCCAGCCAAUCUUCUGGUGAAUUACCCAGCGACUCACCAUAUUAUGGAACCAUGCUGAAGAUCGAGUUCAUGGGAGGCGUCAAAGCGCGCGUGCAUCGAGAAGUUAUCAACAAACACCCAGACCUUGCCGCUAGAUUCCACGAGUUGCCACCGAACGAGCCUCUCAAACUCCUCGACGUGCCGGGAAGAGUGGGACACACGAUUGUGCACUACCUCUUCACCGGAACCUACCAAGCUUUACCAGUUCCCCCGGGUGAUGUGGCCGAGACGCCCAAGGGGAUGCUCGUUGAAACACUUCAAGUUUAUUUCGAAGCUGUUAAUCUCGGCCUCGAGGAUCUCGGCAGCCUGGCAGGGGCGGUGAUUACAGAACAAUGCCAAGGCAUGAGUUUUGCUAGUCUGAUCAAGGUUCUCGACGACGAGUUCGAUACGCUCACCGGCCACGAAACAUGGCUGAUCAAGUACCUUGCUGAUCGCGCAACCAUGGAUAGCGAGCAGGUGACUGAAGAGGACAUUCAAAAGUUUCGGACCGCCCUGGGCGAUCAGUGUGGGGUGAUUGACAUUCUUCUUGAAGGCAUCAUGAAGCUCAAGUUUCGGCUCCAGAGUUCUCAGGCAAUGGCCGUGUGA